AUGAACUCAAAAGCAAGAUUUCUGCAUCCAGGACAUGGUGUUACUGCUGGUUGCGUCCUCCAAACAAACUUCCAUGAGGGUCUCCCCUUCAAGUAUGCGAAGCACAGGCUCGACGAAAUCGACACCGAGAACUACGUGUGCAAGUACACUUUGAUCGAAGGAGAUAUUCUUGGAGACAAGCUGGAAAAGAUCAUCUACGAGCUCAAACUUGAGGAAUCAGCAGAUGGAGAGUGCGUGAUCAAGUCCAAGACUGAUCUUCACCUCAAGACUGGUGUUGAGCUUAGUGAUGACGAAAUUAAGAACGGCAAGGACAUGGCUCUGAACAUCUUUAACGCUUGUGAAGAGUACCUCUCCGCCAACCCUCAUGUCUGCGCCUGAACAUCUUCCUAGUCCAUGAUGAAAACAAACUAUGUAUUCAGUUCUUCAGUUUCGUGUUCUUUUCUGAGUGAGAGAGUGCGUUUGUCUUAAUAAUAAAGGGACGAUGGUUCCUGUUGUUUUCGAUCAUGGUUUUUCAUAUAAAUUCUCCCAACUGGGAUGAAAGUCUUUGUUUGGUUUAGUCCACGACCACCUUCUCGAAAAAUUUGAAUUAAAGAAUACAAUCAUUUAAUAUUUAGGU